AUGAAUUUCAAUGUGUCUCGACCUUCUCUGCCUUGCGUACUAGGGGGAGUCUCCUUGGCGUUAACCUCCGUGGUCACCCUUCUCGACGGUUUAUGCUUGACAUCCUUCAAAAACCUCUCGUCUAAUAUUCGCUCAAUCGAAUCUGCCGUUACCGCCCUGGGCGCAGUGAAUUGUGCUGUGCUUGCCGCUACGAUCUUAUUUUGGCUGGCAGACAGCAACAAUGAGAAUUCAAGGCAAUUGAGCGUGUACCGAAGCCGCGCAUAUUGUAUCCUGAUUAUCUACUUGGUUAUGACUACAGGGGUGACUGCUGGAGGUAUAGCAUGGAGCAACGCACAGAUCAUGAUAGAACAACAGAUAAUGUCACUAGGUCCAAGACAGCGACUAUUGUUGGUGACUCGUACUGUCAUAUGGGCAAUUUCUGUUCUAACUGAGGGUCUCUUUGGUGGGCUUCUCCUAAUGACACUAGCAAAACGGACCAGCCGCAGCAGAUGGUCAACCUCGCUACCUCAUGACCUUGAUGCCCUCCACGAACAGUUAGCUGUAAACAACAGAUUGGAGUCAACAAAGCAGCCGCAACUUGUAGUUGACUCCCCGAAGCAAUCGACAGAUCAAAAGCGGAGCUGUGAUGGUUUGAUCGCGAUCCAACAAUCUACAUCAAGUGCUGCGUCUUUAAUCUCGAAGCGCUACUCAGGCCGAACACUAUACCAACAGGAUUCCAAGCACGGUUCUGUUGACCUCAAUCCACCGGUCGCUAUCCUGAGUGCGUUGUAA